AUGAAUUCCUCGAAUGUUAUUAAGAUACGCAAAUAUAAUCCUGAUUAUAUAAAAUAUGGGUUUAUUUGUAUUGAUAAAGAUGGAUUUGAAAGCCCAAAAUGUGUUGUGUGCAUGAAAAUUCUGUCACACAAUAGCAUGAAACCAACAACUCUUGUGAGACACUUGCGCACAUGUCAUCCCCAUCUAAUCCACAAAAAUAAGGAUUAUUUUAUUUCUUUGCGUAAAAUGAUGAAAAAUCAAGUAUUGACUCGUUUCAUACAAACUUUGCCUUCUGAUAAUUCCAUGCUAUUAGCAUCUUACAUGAUCUCAUUACGUAUAGCGAAAGAAAAGAAACCUCAUAAUAUUGCCGAAAAACUGAUUCUUCCUUGUUGUAAAGACAUAGUACGUACUCUUAUUGGCACUCAUGCUGAAAAUAUGAUUUCGGAAUACCAUUAUCGAAUGAUACUGUUCAUUGACGAAUUUCUGAAAUGUCAGAAAAUAUUAAGUGUCAGGUUAUUGAUAUUAUAUUAUUUAUUUCAGGUGGUAGAACAAAUAAAAACUUCAUGCCAUCAAAAUUUCGCUAUACAAGUUGAUGAAUCCACCGAUGUAGCGAACUGUGCUCAAUUAAUAAUAUUUGCUCGUUAUGUCUAUGACGGAGAUUUUAAAGAGGAAUUUUUAUUUUCCUAUUCGCUUGAAUCGACCACUAAAGGAGAAGAUAUUUUUCAAACAAUUUCUAUGGUUUUUGACAGUGUUGGGUUAUCUUGGAAAAAAUAA